UGUGAACAAAUGCUUGGUACUUUUUAUUCUCGCUUGGGUUCUACUAUGUAUUGAAAUUCUAGGGUUUAAAAUCGGUUAUGGUUCUACCAUCUCAUCACUGCGAACGCUCGCUGAACUUGGUUUCAUUUUAAGCUCUCAUACACAGCUCCCCAUUCCUCUAUUGUUUUUGAAGUUGAGAUUCGUGUAUGAUCUUUGAAGGUUUUUGAUUAGAAGAUUUGUUUAUAUGGCAACGGCAACAUACCCACCACCUCCACCUUAUUAUAGACUUUACAAAGAUUACUUGCAAGAUCCUAAGUCUGCUCCUGAGCCUCCACCACCGAUAGAAGGGACUUACGUUUGUUUCGGAGGCAGUUACACCACUAGUGACAUUCUACCCAGCUUGGAAGAACAAGGGGUGCGCCAGCUCUAUUCUAAGGGGCCUAAUCUUGAUUUCAAGAAGGAGCUGAGGUCACUUAAUGGAGACUUGCAACUACACAUUUUGGAGCUUGCCGAUAUUCUUAUUGAGAGACCAUCACAGUAUGCAAGGAGAGUUGAAGAAAUGUCAACUGUAUUCAAAAACUUACAUCACCUUUUAAAUUCACUGCGUCCUCAUCAGGCAAGAGCAACAUUAAUUCACAUUUUGGAAAUUCAGAUACAGCGCCGUAAACAGGCAGUGGAGGACAUAAAGAGGAGGAGAGAUGAAGCAAGAAGACUCCUUAACGAGUCCCUGGCGACACUGGAUGGCCAUUAGGGCAUUCUCUAUCUUGCAAUCACAGUAUGAAAUCUAAUGAGCAAAUUAAUCUUAUAAGAGAAAUGAAUCUUGAUCUUUAGAUUUGUACAAAAGGUCAAAAGAUUAAAACACGUUUGCAGCUUGUGCAAGAUAUUAGGACUAUUUCUAUCAGUGUAUGAAAUCUGAACUAUUACUGUAUACCCGUGACUUCCAGGACGAACUUGUCAGAAUGUUCUUUAAAUUAUAACUAAUUAUGGGACGCUAUAUUUGUCAAUUUCAAUGUUAAA